AUGUCGGAUCGUUCCGGCGUUACCUCCACCGCAUCCCAAAUUCCGGCUCAUCGUAGAGCCUCCAGAAUCCUCAUUUCCUCCUCGUCUUCGUCCUCAUCGUCAUCUUCAUCCUCUCCUCCUCCUCUCUCUUCUUCCUCUUCUUCUAAUCUCAACUUUCACAUUCCUGACCUGCUCGAGCCCAUUGAUAUCAUGAGCUCUCCAUCUACCCAUUCUCCUUCCACCCGUAUUCUGGAGGAGGUGGCCCAACUCGAUGCCCUUAUUGAGCGGCAGGCUACUUCCAUUCCUUCUCCCAAGUCCCCACAUGACUCCCCUGGUGGAGCCCAAGGAGGGGCAGGCGAGGAUAGGGAUUCCUCCGAGGGGACCCCUGCUCCUGAGUAG